AUGACCAGCCACACGGACCCGGCCCUGAUAAGGGCGUCGGGCUCCGAGGCUCUGGGGUCGGACCACUGGCUUGCUCUGCCCGGCCCUGAGAAGAUCAGCCCGCUGAUGCUAUGCACGGCGGGGGAGGUGAUGGCCAUUGACUCGCCGCUGUGCGGUUGGACACGUCCGGUGGACGAGAUGGUGCAGUCGGAGCGUCUGGCAGCAGACCCGCGUCCUCAAUAUGGCUGGAGCGAGUCACAGGAGAGGAGGCGAGGCGAGGCAACGGCGGUCAAAUGUGAGCAGCCGAGCGCUGGACCGAAGGCGAAAGUCAAACUGAGCCCGCAGUGCCGGCAAAUCUUGACAAGCAUCGCCAGUGACCCUCCGCCACAGACGUUCAACGAGCAGUCGGUGGUGGAGAAGAUCCUGAAGGUUCGCGAUUGUCCCUGGCUCGAGAACCGCACAGAGAUCGACGCCUUCCGAGCGAUGUCCAGCAUGCCGCGUGACGACUUCCAGCACGACCAGCAGGAGAGGAGGCGAGGCGAGGGGACGGCGGUCGAUGGUGAGCUCCAGAGCGCCGGGGCUUCCGCUGACCAAGUCCGACAUGUCGCGGCGCCCACCUCUGUCAGCGCGCGGAACGACACCGAGCCACCGGCGGUGCCCUUGAGCAAGGCGAGACCGAAGGUGAAAGUCAAACUGAGCCCGCAGUGCCGGCAAACUUUGACGAGCAUCGCCAAUGACCCUCCGCCAAAGACGUUCAACGAGCAAUCGGUGGUGGAGAAGAUCCUGAAGGUUCGCGAUUGUCCCUGGCUCGAGAACCGCACAGAGAUCGACGCCUUCCGGUCGACUCACGCGAACGCAACGGGAGGAGCGAGCCAGGUGGUGAUCACGCGAAGCAACUCGCCCAUCAACACGAGCAUCGUCUUCGACCAGAGCAGGAAGACGCUCGUGGUGGACGCCAAAGUCACAAAUUUCUUCCUCAAGGAGUUCCCCGAGCAGAGUGGGCGCUACCCUCGCUGUGCCGUCGUGGGGAACGGAGGGAUCCUCGCCAACAGCUCCUGCGGCUCCCAGAUCGACGCAGCCGACUUCGUGAUCCGAUGCAACAUACCUCCCGUGGGGGGCGACUUCCAGGACGACGUGGGAAGCAAAACGGACAUCGUCACCUCCAACCCGACCAUCUUCAUCAAGCGAUUCGAGUCCCUGAUCGGGAGCAGGAAGGAGUUCAUCAGGAAGAUGUCUUCGUAUGGCGCCAGCAUCCUGCUCAUCCCCGCCUUCUCCGUGUCUGCGUACACAUCGCUCGCGUACAGGGCCAUAUUUACCCUGGACGACUUUGAGUCCCAGCAGCGCGUGGCCUUCUUCAACCCCUCCUACAUGAGGGCCAUCUCCCGCUUCUGGAAGAAACGCGGCGUCAGGGAGUCGCACCUCACUUCGGGCCUCAUGAUGACGAGCGUGGCAAUGGACCUGUGCGACGAGGUGCACGUCUAUGGCUUCUGGCCGUUCGUGCACGACCUGCCCACCCCGGCGCAGGUGAAGGAGGACGAGAGGAGGAGGACGCCCAAGAGGAGCAGGAAGAGGAAGAAGGGGGCGCAGACCGCCGUGGCCCCCACGGCCACCGCUGUUGACCGACCGCCGGGCCGCCGGCUGCCCCACCACUACUACGACGACCAACAGCCCAAGACGGUGCACUCCAUGCCCAGCGAGUUCGCCGAGCUGCUGCGGCUGCACAGCCGUGGGGUGCUCCGCCUGCACGUGAACGCGUGCGGGGAGCAGUAAUGGUGCGGCGUUGGUGGCGGCGGUUCCCUCCAGAACCCCCAUCCCCCCGCAGAACCCACGUUCCCCCACCAGAACCCACGUUCCCCCUUCAUAACCCACGCUCCCCCUCCAGAACCCACGUUCCCCCACCAGAACCCACGUUCCCCCUCCAGAACCCACGUUCCCCCUUCAUAACCCACGCUCCCCCUCCAG